AUACAAUAAAACUCUUUGUGAAACAUUUCCCUUUAGAAAAAAAUGCAGAAACAGAGCGUAAUGUAUCAAUAUCUGGCUGCGAUAAUUGUUGGCUUAUUUAAAUUGACCGAUGGAAUGCUAAUCGGUUGGAUGUCACCCAAUAAAAGUCUACUGGAGUCCGACGAAACGCCAUUAACUUUCGGUAAACUCAAUGAGGAACAAACUACAUGGAUUUCAUCAAUGAUGCCCAUUGGUGGUACGACUGGUACCAUAGUUUUCGGUUUCAUUGUGAACAAGUUUGGACGGAAAUUUCCUUUGAUUGCGUUGAUCGUUCCAUCGAUAAUUGGCUGGCUGCUACUCAUAUUUCCACAAAACGUCUACUAUUUUUACCUGGCUCGAUUCGUUCAAGGAUUCACCAUUGGUGCAUCGUAUGUUGUCACACCCGUUUAUUUAUUAGAAAUAGCUGAUGAUCGGGUACGUGGUCUUUUGGGUGCGUCCCUUAUAAUCAAUGAGAACAUUGGCGUUUUGCUGGGAUAUGCAUUGGGAGGCUUUUGCCAUUACAGCAUACUACCAGCGGUUGCAAUUGGCCUAAAUGUGUUGUUCGUGGCAUUUUUCGUUUGGUUUCCGGAGACUCCAGCUUUCCUUUUGAAACAAGACAAAAUAUCGCAAUCAGAAAAAUCAAUUCGAUUCUACCGGAAUGUACGAAACAGCCCAGACGACGCAGAUGAUGUCGUUGAACUGGUAAUGGGCAAAUUAAAACGAGCCAUCACAUCGAUGGACUCCGCAAAUGUUGAUGGAAAUCGAUUGAAAAUGUCAGAUGUAACGACCCGACCAGGCAGCAAAGCUUUGCUCAUUGCAACAGUUUUGGUGAUGUUGAGUCAGCUGAGUGGCGUCUUUGCAAUGUUAAACUAUGCAUCGGACAUAUUCAAGAAGUCUGGAUCGAAAUUGUCACCAAAUUUGUCAUCCGUCCUCGUGCAAGGUGUUCAAACUGUUGGCGUAUGUGUUGUUUCUACCCUAGUCGAACGAGCUGGACGAAGAUUCCUUUACUUAACAUCGACCAUAGGAACAGCACUUGGUUAUGUAGUUAUGGGCGUGUAUUUGCUGCUGAAAUUCACGGGCUAUGAAGUCGAACCAUUCAAUUGGAUUCCAAUGGUAUGCGUUUCGUACAUUCUCUUCAUUUCAUCGUGGGCCGUUUCGUCGCUUACCUUCGCAGUUUCAGCUGAGCUAUUGCCACAAAAGUUAAGAGAAUUAGGCAUAACAUACUGUGCCAUUCUGUUAGGGCUUCUUGCAUUCCUUGUUCUUAAAUUCUACAUAGCUUUGGGAGAUGCAAUCGGAGAGCACAACCUGAUGUUUAUCUUUGCCGGUGCUUGCGUUUUAGGUGCCAUAUACAUACAUGUUGCUCUGCCAGAAAUAAAGGGCAGAAGCUAUGAAGACAUCAUGAAUAAGUUGCGCUGAAAAUCGUGUGACUGUGAUUGUGGCUGACUCUAAAUGAAUAGAGUUAGAAUCAUGCAAUUUUUUGAAUCAUUUUUUUUAGGUUGUGAUAUAAGCUCUU